UGCGUGCAUGCAUGCGUGUGUGUGUGUGUGUGCAGGUUGGUUUCAGUGAACAGUGCAAAUAGGAGGUAGAUUCGUUGUUUUUGUUUAUAUACGUUUUCCCUGCUAUCCCCCGCGCCCCAAAUCUACACUUCUUCUGUGUUUCUUAGUUUCUCCAAGUCUCGCGGACGAUGGACAGCGGUGUUGUGGAAAUCUUUAAGGACGACAGGUGCUUCCCGGUCCUUUCCGAGGAGUGCUCUCCGAAUUCCACAUGGCAGUCCGCUUCACCCGACAGUUACAACCACACAGCCAACGGCAGCUCGCCGAGCGAACCGGUGUCCCCCAUCAUGCCCCUCAUCACGGCGGUCUAUUCCGUGGUCUUCGUGGUAGGACUAGUGGGGAAUUGCCUUGUAAUGUAUGUUAUCAUCAGGUACACGAAGAUGAAAACGGCCACCAACAUCUACAUCUUUAACCUGGCGCUGGCGGACGCGCUGAUGACCACCACCAUGCCCUUCCAGAGCAUGGGCAACCUGCUGGACUCCUGGCCCUUCGGCGAGGUGGUGUGCAAGGUGUGCAUCUCCAUCGACUACUACAACAUGUUCACCAGCAUCCUCACGCUCACCAUGAUGAGCGUGGACCGCUACGUGGCCGUGUGCCACCCCGUCACCGCGCUGGAGUUCCGCACGCCCGUCAAGGCCAAGAUCGUCAACGUGGCCAUCUGGGUCCUGUCCUCCGCCGCCGGGGUCCCCGCCCUGCUGCUGGGAGGCACCGAGACCGAAAACGGGACCACGGAGUGCGCGCUGCAGUUCCCGGAGCCCUACCUGUACUGGGACACGCUGAUGAAGCUGUGCGUGUUCCUGCUGGGCUUCGUGGUGCCGGUGCUGAUCAUCACGGUGUGCUACACGCUGAUGGUGCUGCGUCUGCGCAGCGUGCGGCUGCUGUCGGGAUCGCGGGAGCGGGACCGCGGCCUGCGGCGCAUCACGCGCCUGGUGCUGGUGGUGGUGGCCGUGUUCGUGGUCUGCUGGACGCCCAUCCACAUCUUCAUCCUGGCCAAGGCGCUGGGCCGCGUGCCCGAGACGCCCGGCGUCAUGGCGUCCUACUUCUUCUGCGUCGCCCUGGGCUACACCAACAGCUGCCUCAACCCCGUGCUCUACGCCUUCCUGGACGAGAACUUCAAGCGCUGCUUCCGGGACUUCUGCCGCGGCCCGGGGCUGAGCUCCGAGAGGCCCAGCAUCAGCCGGGGGCGGAGCACCCUCCGAGACUCCGCCCAGCAGGGAGCGGAGGCGGGGCCCUGCGCCGGUAAGCCCGUAUGACUAACCGUGGAGCUGUCCUCCUUCCCCCCCCGCCAUGGCCGCGACGACUCCAACGGCCUGGGAGAAACUCAGGUCACCACCGCCCUGUAGUGCCCCUGUGUGGCCUGUAGCCUCCGUUAGGUCAAAGGUUAGAGGUUAAAGGUGAAAAUCCCCGCAUCUCAGACCCAGAGUUCUCACUCUCUCCAUCGCUGCCUAGCAACUAAUCCUUCCAAUGAGCACAAGGCAGCAUAGCCCCUUAAAAAGGGUCACCCCUUGUUCGGAGGUCCCGUCCGAACACUCGGAAAUAGCUCCCUCUCUCUCCCUCUCUCAUUUCGGUCAUCUGAAGUGACUGGUGAUUGGCUGGAUGACAUUUCGGCCAUAUUGCUUUGGCUUGUCCAUGUAGAUGAAGGGCCUAUUCCAAUCGCUUAUUUUAUCCGUCCUUGUCUCCUCGGUCCUUGACUGACUCAGAAAUCGAUUGAGGUCCACCAUCUUCAACAGAGGUGACUGAAAUGUAAUUUAUUGUGCAAUAUUUCAUUUAAAAAGAGAGCAAGGGUUGUCUAGAUUUUUUCUGUAACUGUAUAACGUCCAGUAAGUGAAAAGGGCUUGUUUUUUUUUGACAAAAUCUUACUGUGUGUGGUGUGAUGUCUCUCCUCUCUUACUGUUGGAGUGCAGUCAUAAAUCUGACUUUUAAUGAGGAUGUAUUACAAGUAUGGGGCAAUGCCACAUUAGAAAGGGGCAUGAACAUAAAAAGUUGUUAAAUGUAUUUGAUUUUGAUAUGAUUCCAAACUAUUUUAAAGUUCUAUUCUGUAACUCUAUCUCAGAUCUCCAACAGUAAUUUGAGAGGGCCAAAGUGUCUGCCAGUUUUUGGAUGUGUUCCAGCUGUUAGAUGUUUUGUUUGUCACUGAUUGGCUAAAUUGUGACUUUAAUUAAAAUUGGUUGCUAAUUGAAAGGAAACCACAAAACAAGUAAAUGUGUAGACCGGAAAAGGAGAUCCCUGGUCUACCUCAAAACCCCGCCUCCCCCCCACCACCCCUCCCUCCUUGACUAUCUGUCCAGUCUGAAGUUUGCCAGAUUGGUUCAGAAUUUCAACCAACCCCUCAAAGAACACUCCUGGCUAUGCUGCUGGUUGCACUGCAGAUCCAUGAUACAGCCAUUUUUAUGUUCCCGGAAUGAACAAAUAUUUGCGUGUGAUUACCACCGCCUAAUCAGGUUAUGCAAUGACGUCUCUCCAUCCGUUUAUCCGUCCAUCCGUGACAGACACAUCUGGAAAAGUAAUGGUCAGAUUGCCGUGAAAUUUGCUGUGCACAUUAUUGUUCCCGAGAAAAAGAAACGUAUUGAUUUUGGUGACCCGAUAACCUGUCAUCUAGCGUCACCAUCAGGCCAAACAUAUCUCAAAAAGUGAUGACUGGAUUGCCAAGGCUGGAUUGCUGUGCACAUUCAUGUGAGGAGGGGCUGUUGUGCCUCAGUGAAAGUCUGAGUCGAUCCUUUCUAGACUUAUAAGAAAAUAAAAUUGUUACUUUUUUCCCUCUUUCUGGUUUUGAAAUGUAAAGAUGCAGUGGGGAGGUGGAACACAGUUUCUGUGUUGACAUCAUCUUGACUGUCACUUGUGCUUUCCUCCUGGUGUUCUACUUGUGCAGUCUCUUUUGUAACAAACAUCUGUGGGGUCUAAAUCAUAUUAAUCUCUCACAAACCGGUUUUUUGGACUCUUAUAACACAUAAUAUUAUUAUUUCCUUUUCUAUUGAACUGUUGGUAUCUGUAAAUGUAAAUGGGGAAUUCUCUCAGGGAAAUUGACUGGAAAUUCUAACUGACAUCUCCUAUAGCAGUGUUUCUCAACCCUGGUCCUGG